UUGACGCUAUAAUAUUUGUGUUAUAAACCACUUGUUAUCGCAGUUCUAAUUAGUUCACAAAUAUAACACGGAUUGCUUACUUGUGGAUUAUAUAUGGUAUUAUAAGUGUGAUAAUUCUUUAAUUUUGUUAAAAGUAUCUUUGUUAAGGUAUCACCUGUUAACUGUAUAAAUUAGCAUACUUCACACCAAACAGUGAUUCGAAACACGAUGCUUAAUCCUUACUCACUCAUCCAGUCUGUUCGAGUGAUUCAAAACACGUUACUUAAUCUAUCCUCGUUCAUCCGGUCUGUUUACUUCUGCGGACAAAGUUUUGUAGUAAUGAUCUAACUAAAUGACACUAUAGCUUUAAAUAGUACAAUGGCUGACUCACAGGAUGAAAGAGAGCUGACUGACGAUGAAGAGUACAAAAGACAAAUGGAAGCUUUAGAUGAACGUAUUCAACAAAUGGUUGAUGAAAAACGCCGCAUUACUGAGAUUCAUCGUAAUAGGAAAGAUGGAAUACAUGAACGUGUUGCUCAUCAUGACGAAGAAAGAAGAAAACAUGUAGAAAAAGGAUAUGGAACAUGCGUAGAGGAAACAUUCAGAGAACCAGAAAAGGAAUUAUACCAGGAUGAGGAUAAACUGUAUUGUGACAGCAGAAAUAACCCGAAAACUAUAGAUGAAAAAAUGCCAAAACUAGAAGAAAAAACAGAGCUGACGAGGACCAGUAUAGCAGCUAGGAAGCAAAUUUUGACUAAAGAUGAUGACGAUGGCAAUGUCCCAGGCGAUGAUGAUGAUGCCAGUAAGGAGGAAUCGGUUGUAGAUGAUGACAUACCCGCGAUUCAUAGCAAUGAACGUAUGCAUAAAACCGACUGGUCGGAAGUUCAAAAACACAUGAGUUCCGGUUCUUUAGAUAUAAAUCUCAAAGAACUUAUUAUUGAACUUCAUUCUUUAUUUGUUUUCGACGAUGACGAAUUUGAGCAUUUGUUACAAUAUUUAGCAGAAAGGGGCAGAAGAAAAUGUAAGCAAAGAAUGUUGGAAAUAUUGCAUGCAAAAGGAACGAAGGCAUAUACUAACUUUUUAGUGGCUCUAGAAAGAUGUAAAUGUACGGGGAUUAUAAAAACAUUGGAACUGAACUGUGAUGAUGACGAUGACUAUGUCCCAGGCGAUGAUGAUGAUGCAAGUAAGGAGGAAACGGUUGUAGAUAUCAUACCUGCAUUUCAUAGCAAUGAACGUAUGCAUGAAAAUGACCGGUGGAAAAUUCAAAAACAUAUAAGAUUGCUUUUAAGCAUAGAUCCCAAAGAACUUAUUAUUGAACUUCAUUCAUUAUUUGUUUUCGACGAUGACGAAUUUGAACAUUUGUUAGAGUAUUUAGAAUCAAGGGGUAGAAGAGAAUGUAUGCUAAAACUAUUGGUGAAAUUGUAUAGAAAAGGAAAAAAUUCAUAUGUUAACUUUUUAGUGGCUCUAGAAAGAUGUAACUUUACGGGGAUUAUAAAAACAUUGGAACCAGGCAGUGGAAUAUAUGAGGGUAGAUUUAAAUACAGCGGACACAGGUUCUUUGAAUUGAUAGACAACACGAGUCCUAAAUAUAAAGAAUUUGCAAAAAGAUGUGAAAAGAUUAUUGAAGAUCUAUAUCUGGACCAACCAAAACUAUUUGUGGUGGUAAAGAAAGUAGCGAAAGGCUGUGUUGAAGUGACAUUUCAUCUCAUAUCUCUUGAUUCCAAUAAUGAGGAAGAUUUAAGACGACCACUACAAGACAUGGUAAACAGCGGAUUCAUUGGUACCGAUCCAGUUAAAGCUGAGAGAUUUUAUUUCAGUCAAAUAACAGAUGAGGAGCUCACUUCCGAAAGGGAAUCGAUGAUCCAGAGGAGAAUUAUUGUUCUUGAAAAUGAAAUCGAAACCUUGCAGUUACAAAUACAUGAGCUGCUUAUUGAAAAUACAGCUUUAAAGACAACAUCAGCCAACUCUCAGGAAAUGGAGAAAUACCAAGAAUAUUUAGCUAAAAAAUAUACUGACAAACUUCAAGAUAAAGAACUGAUUAUUUGCCGCUUACAGGAACAACUUGAUCAACAAGCAACAUAUAGCAAUGUAGACAUGGACCGAACAGAUGAUGAACGACUAGAUCAAGAUAAACCCCUGAUAUUAUUACCAAUAGAUGACGAUCUAAAUAAAGACCAGGUGAAUCAUGGAGAAGACAUAUCGGCUAAACAGCAAACAGAAAGAAGAUUAGUACCAGGCAAGAAGGAUAAAACUAAUAAAACAUCAGUUGAAGAAAUGGAAAGUGGUACAGAUAAGGUCUUCACUCUCGAUUUAAUGGAUAAGACCAAUGUACAAAGGGAUGGCAGAACAUGUAAAAGAAAAAGCUCAAACGAGAGUGAUGUUGAAAUGGAACACCUGAUACCAACUAAAAUAGCAAAACUAUCAGUUGAAAGUGAAAGUGAAGAUAUCAAACAAAAACAUGAAAUCCAGAAGAUACAGGACAGAUUAUCUCAAGCUGUUAAUGACAUCAACAUUGAUCUAAUGGAAACCAUAUUAAAAGAACUACAGCCAGAUGACGUCAGAAGACUACAAGACGUCAUUAUAAGUUUAACCUGUCAAUCAUUAGAGAGAAGAUAUUUAUCACUUGUUAAGUGUUUAUUUAAUAAUAUUAUAAUAUUACAAUCUGAUGGUCAACUUGAUAUUAAUUUAAAUAUACAGUUAAUGACAUGUGCUAUAAAAUCAGAUUUUGUUGAAGGUAUUCAGUAUCUCUAUAGUAAGAAAUUAUAUUUACAGGUUGAACAUGACGAUAAAGUAUGGAAUGCUUUGUUAGAAUCUGUUAAGUAUAAUAGUUUCAAUAUUACUAAAUAUCUUUUAACCGUUUCUGAUUUAAAUCUCAAUCCAGACUCUGAUAAAACUAUAUUAAUGUUUGCUAAAUCUGGUCAAAUGUUGUCAAUUCUUUUAAGUAAUGAUCAAAUCAAGAACAUGAUUAAUUAUAAAUCUAAAUAUGGUUACACUGCGUUAUUUUACUGUAUAAAAAACACUGAUAAUGUGGCCGAAUGUUUAAACUGUACUAACAUUCUAACAGAAGCUGGAGCUGAAUUCGACAAGUUCAAUCUAAAUAAAUCAUUAGAAUAUGUUAUUUAUAAGUAUGGUGAUACAAAUACGUGUUUAGAUAUUAUAUUAUUAUUAAUACAACACGGUGCUGACUUAAACAUGGUUGGCGAAUUGGGUAGAUCACCUUUAACAUGUGCGAUAAUACGACAUGGUGAUAAAGAUACGAGUUUAGGUAUUAUAACAUUAUUACUACAACAUGGUGCUGACUUAAACAUGGUUGACGGAUUUGGUAGAUCACCUUUAACAUGUGCUAUAAUACGACAUGGUGAUACAGAUACGAGUUUAGGUAUUAUAACAUUAUUACUACAACACGGUGCUGACUUAAAUAUGGUUGUCGGGGGUCACUCGCCUUUAACAUGUGCUAUAUAUCACCAUGGUGAUAAAGAAACAUGUGUGGGUAUUAUAACUUUAUUAAUACAACAUGGUGCUGACCCUACCCAGAGUGUAAAUACAACAACGCCUUUAAUGUAUGCCUCCCAAUACGCCCACUAUAUAGAUAUUGUUAAAUUAGUGCUUGUAGAUAUUGUUAAUGUAAAUAGAACUAAUGAUCAUGGUUUAUCCGCUUGUAGACAUUGUUUUGUAAAAACGGUGAAAAGUAAAAGAUAUUUUAAAACUACUCUGGCUAUCUUUAAACUUUUAGUCGAGUCUGGUGCUAAUUUGGUUGCUGAUGGACCUGAACUACUGUAUGAUAUUAUGAAAUUCGGCCAAUUAAAUAUUUUUGAGUAUUAUAUAGGAUUAAAGCCAUUAGUGAAUAGUUUUACUGAAACAACAAAUCGAAAUAUUUUUCAUCUUUUGGCUCAAGUGAAAUAUGAGUUUACACCAGAGAAGUUUAAUUGGUUGUUUAAUUCUAAUAUUGAUAUAAAUCAUAAAGAUUCUCUAACUAACACUCCUCUUAUUAUUGGUGCUUUCUUAUUGAACCAUAAAUACCUGGACUUGAUAACAAAAUACGGUCCUACAUGUGAUGUUAAUAUACAGAACAAUAAAGGUCAUACAGCCAUACACAGUGCUGUAAUCGGGUGCCUAAUAUCUAAGUCUAAACUGAAACAAACUGGAAAUUCGAUGGACGAUUCACUGAGUGAACAAUAUGAAACUUUUCAAGAAUGUGUCAAACUUCUACUCGAGACUGGUGGUAAUAUUAAUAGUCAGGACAAUAAUGGAAAAACUGCUUUGAUCUUAGCGGCCAAGAAAAAUAAUAAAUUUAUUAUACAAUUACUACUUGAAUUAGGGUCAAAUAUCAAUAUUUUAGAAACAAAAUAUAACACAUCUGCUUUACAGUUUUUGGAUCUUGAUUAUGGUAGACAUUGUCUAAAAACAUGUUUGAUCAGAGGUGGCCAUAAACUUCUGAAUUUACCAGGACCAGAUGGCAAUACACUGAUACAGCGAGCUUUACUUUUCCCUACCUGUUCUGAUCCAGAGAAAACUGUUGAUGUAAUAAAAUAUUUAGUUGCUGAAAACUGCUGCCUUCAGCAUCUUCAGUCUGUAUCUACUGAACGUAAUUACUACAAUGACGAUGUUCAUUUACAAGAUUUUGACAGUAAAGAGAGAAAUAAACUUAGACAACUACUUUAUCGAAGUGGGGCUCCAGAAGAAGAGAUUGUUUCGACUGUUAAUUUCAAAAUGGAGGAUGAACAAGAUAGACGAACUAGAAUGUUUCAUUCUGCACAAGAUGGACGAGAGGAGAUGUUUCACUCAGAGAACAGGGAGGAAUUCAAGUUUGCAUGUUUUAACCUAUCUCUUGAAGAAAAGUGUAUAAGGGUCAUCAGGCAGAAAUUGGGACUAGAAAUAAAGGAGAAAGUUGAACAACUGCAGUUAGCUAACAGUCUGGCGAAGAAGAUCUUACUGGUUGAUCUUCUUCCUAAAAAAUACUUUAUCCGUUAUUCCAUGGAUGAUUAUCUGGAUGAGGAUAAUAUAAUGGAAGAUGACGAUGGUGAUGACGAUGAUGAUGAUGAUGAUGAUGAUGAUAAUGAUGAUAGCGACAAUGAUUUUGAUGACUGUGAUUACCAAGGUUAUAAUCUGAAAUGACUUGAAGAUGGAGAUGAUGAUGAUAAUGAUGAUAACGAUACUGGCGAUGAUUAUCAUGAUGAUUAGGCUGAUGGUGAUGUUGUUUCUGUAUAGCGACAAUGAUUUUAAUUAUUAUGAUUACCAAGAAAUGAUGAUAGCAUGUGAGGGUGAUACGUAUGUUAGUAAUGGUGAUGACAAUUAGAUGUUGAAGGAUGAAGUUAUUAUAGAUGAGGAUGGUAAAGAUACGGAAGUUAGUGAUGGUGAUGGAUGUUGAAGGAUGGUGCUGUUAUAGAAGAUGAUGAUAAAGAUACGGGUGUUAUUGAUGGUGAUGACAAGAUGGAUGUUGAAGGAUGAUGUUGUUAUAGAUUGGGAAGAUAAAGGUACAGAUGCUAGUGAUGGUGAUGACAAGAUGGAUGUUGAAGGAUGAUGAUGUUAUAGAUGAGGAGAUAUGGAUACAGAUGCUAGUGAUGGUGAUGACAAGAUGGAUGUUGAAGGAUGAUGAUGUUAUAGAUGAGGAGA